CUAGCAGUGAUGAAAAAGUGUCCCUUCCGUGCCAGGAAUCGAACCCAACAAUUAUACUUCGUUAAGGGAUUAGUGAUUUCCAAACGCCCUAAAAAUUAUUCUUUUAUCUGAAGAUGGGUUACAAAAUAUUGGAGACUUUUUAAGCGUUAACGUAAUUUGUUAUUCAGUUGUUACAGUAGUGUUUUUCAAUUGUCUACUCCACGAGAACAAUGGCGUAUUGUAAUUUCGAACGUUUUGUGCUUACCAGAAACCACUACGCGGCUUUUUCAAAACUUUCUCGUACCUAUUGUGUUAAUAUUGUGUUUGCGUGUCGCUGGCUCUUUAGGUGUUGCUGAAGUGUCAAGGAAUGCAUAAAACAUAAUGUAAUUAUGUGCGUGUGAAAUUAUUGUAUUUAAUUUAUACGUGCGAAAGGAAAAGAGCGCUGACAAUAACCAAAUUUUGGAUGAUGGCAGGAAGAGAUGAAGUAACCGAGUUCAAAACCCGGGAUGCUAGAACACAUGGCAUGGAACGUUAUUUGGCAUUGUGUUUAUGGGUUCUGGAAUCCUACAAUAUUCAGGUUAAAUCGGUGUUGGUAGCAUUGGCAGUGCUUGUGAUUGCUACAGAGGGCAGGUUCUUCUACGAUUUCCUGCCCCCGUUGCUGUUGGCCGAGCACCCGUAUGCUGUGGACGAGUCGAUGGCCACUGUGCCCUUGCUUUUGAUGGCGCAGGACAGACUGCAAGUGGUGCCUGUGGCAGACGUGCAGAUCGCAAGCUUCUCCCUGACACAGCCACUCGUCACCCUACAAGCCCCUGAUGAGCCAGAGGCCUUGCCUGCGGUGCAGGUGGCGUUGCCAUAUCCCAUCUGGGUGUCUGAGCCUGAAGUUCCCAUCGCAUUUCCCUCGGCCUUUACCGUUGUUCAUGACGGUGUCUGCAUACCCAUCCCCGUCGGGGCCGUGAUCGCACCCGUACCUUCUGGCGCAUAUAUCUCUCAUGCAAGACCCAUCGCUGUCUCCAUAGUUUACGCUGUCCCCACUGGUCCACUGCCGCCUCAGUAUCCUCUCCCCUACCCAACCAGGAGGCCCAAUGUGACAGAGAAUGUUCCUGAUGUGGUGACAGUGACAGACAAACCAGAGAAGCCGCAACAGUCUCCUGGAGCUGUAACAGUGACGGCCAGACCAGACAAGCCUCAGCUAAUCACUGUGCUGGACUUCCCAUCCACUGUUCAGACACCACCAGUACUUGUCUACCAGCCGCCUACAGACUCUGAACUUGAGAACCGCAACCCACCCCAGGGCGUUGUUCCCGCAGGCAUUGUACAGUCAGCUGCACCCACGCCAAACCUGUCCGUCUUUAUCAACUCGAAGGAGUCUGCUGUGCUGCAGGAACUACGUGACCAAGCAAAUCGUCUGAAGGCAUCACGGACCUAAAGAAGUUACCAAGAAGAGAACUUCAGAGUUACCAGUCUCCAAAUAACAAUAAUGUUCUACUUAAGUUCUUUGGAAGUUUGUGUCCUGAAACAAGCACAAUACUUCAUAUUUCCCUAAAGCCCCCAACGUAUGACGCAAAUAUACAUUUAUUAUAGCAGUUAAGAAUUAAUGCCAAAUUUAGUACAGGUCCAUACAAUAAUGUUACCACCUUCCCACAUCUGAGUGCUUGUUUCACAAUUGUCUUUCAAAAUCAGAAUACUUUUUUUGAUAUAAAGGGCCCAAUUCUUAAACUGUAGCUAGUGAAGUCAUAUAAUACCAGUUCAGUAACACCAAAAAGAGUCACAGAAAACAAUCCAUUGUACAGAAAGGAAAAAUAGUUGGUUGAUCAUAAGGAAGUAACGCUGUCUAUGGAACAUUGAUCGUAUCAUGUUUCCACAGGAAGGGAAAUGGUUUCGUUCUUACAGCUUUCACAGAAAUUACAUUUUCACCCAAUGUUUAACUUAGUUUAAUAAUUCUGUCAAUUUUAAAAUUAAAACAAUAACACAAAUUAGAGUUUGAAGUAGUUAUUUGUUAUGUGAUCAGAUAAAUUUAUCGUAAAGGGUUUGAGCUCAGUCCAUUUUUCUAUUAGUUAGAUUCCAGGUAGUGGCUGACUCAGCCUGAAAAUUUUGAAAUUCAGACAAACAAAUUUUAUCCCUGGGGUUUUGUGUCGUAAUAUAUUAACCUCGAAGGAUUAUGAAUGUAAAUAAUAGUUUUAAGUUUACACCAUAGCACACAUUGUUUUUCAGCAAUGUUUUCUGGAUCUCCAAAUGAAUUUGACUACAUUCUGUGCUUGUAAGACAUCACAGGAAUGAAUAAUUAUCAAAACAGAUUGGUUUCAUUGUAAAAAUUAUUUUAAGAAGACGUCUUUUGGACUGGUUGAGAACAGAAAUGUGUAAAAAGUUUUGGUUACAAAACUUGAAAGGAAAAGGCCAUUUGGAAGACCCAGACAUAAAUGGGAGAGUAAUAUUAAAGUAGAUCUUAAGGAAGUAGAAUGAGAUAGAGACUUUUGAAUGGAAAUGAAGUUAAUUAUGGACUACAAAGGAAACACUUUGCUCAUCUGUGCAUGAAUUUGAGUUUGACCUUUUUUUAUCAAGAAAUGAUUUUUAAUGUUCUUUCUUGUCUGAGAAAUAAUUACAGGGCUAUAAUAAGUUGUAGUGUAUUAAAUGGUUUGAGCUAGUAUCAUACAAAGUGAAUGUUAUUCACAGUUUUGUUACAGCUCACUCGCUAUCUGUUAAUAUUGUGAACUGUGCAUGCCGUUAGGUGAUUAGACACUACAGUAGUGAUAUGUAAGUUACCAUAUAUCACAUGUUUUCUGUAACAAACAUGAUACAUUGAUGAAAACCUUAAAUCUUGUCAUAUUGGA